GGAAGGAUUUAGUUGAUUAAACAUGUAAACCAUUUAAGGUCAACAAAGCCAAAUUUAAACCAGGAAGGAAAGUCGAAAGGACCAAGACAUAGAUGGGAGGUGGAUCAAUAAAAGAAAGAGAGAAAUGUUACCUUCUUUUCACUCUUCUUCUUUGUCAGAAGAGACAGAUUUUCUUCCAGGUUUAUCCAUGGUUACGCGAGUCUCGGUUUGUUACAACUAUUUAACAACACAAGAAAAUAUACCAAAAUCGGACCAUCUUUAUCAUGAUUAUUAUGACGAUGUUAAUGUAAAUAGCUAUCAAAUAUGUGUGUUUAUCAUCUCAUCCCUUUCCAGUUUAUUUAUAUAACUGUGUUCAAUCUUUCGAUGAUAUCUUAAUUAUGUGGCAAGUUAGAAAUGUUGGUUAUCAUCAAACCAGUGGAAGCUAUUAUAAAUUUACGAGAUUGUCUCUAAUUGAAUCUGCAAAAAUUCAUUUGGUCGGUUCAAGAGGAGGAAAACGUGAAAAACAUUACCUGUGUAUGUGAAUCAAAAACCUUCAACAUUUUUAUAGACCCUGAAAGUAAUCAUUAAACAAAGCCGGGACUUCUCUUUACAUCAAUUGAUAAUUAACUGGCGCAAUCAUUAAGGUGUCUAGAUUAUGGACAAUAUUCCAGUUUUAUAUUCAACUAAUGUGAAAAAUAUGUCUUCUAGUCAAUUUAUUGAACAGACUUUUAGCGAGUCUUGAACACAUCUAAUUGAAGCGACUAACAAAUGUAUUGAAUAUUAUUUAGUCAUGGAUGAUUUUGGCAAUAAUAAUCUGCAAAGAAAUAUUCAACUCAAGAAUAUUGAAGUCCAUCCAACGGAGCAAACCUUGAUAUUAAAUUGUGAACUUGAACCUUCUUUGAGAAUAGGUUCUUCUGAGAAUAAUUUUCUUGAGACAAAUCGUGAAUUCCAGCGUUAUAUUAGAUUGAAAUCAUUGGAAGAGACUAGUGAUGUUGAUUCAAUUGUAUCCCAGGUGAUUGCCAAAUCAAAAGGUUUAUUAACCAUAUCCCAUAGAGAUGAAAUAAAACAGCUAAUAAUUUAUCUGAAAAAUCGUUCCAUCCAAUCAACCGUCCGAGCAACAGCCACUGGAGCAACCUUUGACUCUUUUCGCCCUAAAACAGCUGGAGCUCGCUUGGCCGAUUCUAACCAAUCCUUUAAUAGCUAUAAUGUCGAUAAUAACCAACAGCCUACUAGAUUAAAAUCAUCAACCUCAGUCAAUUCGUUUUCCAGUAACGGAAUUGACAAGAAUAUUGGCAACCGAGUUGGUGACUCAUUAAAUAUAGAAUCGAUAUUUGGAGACAUCAAAAGAUUAAUAAACAGAGUUCUGCCAGAUGAGAGUCAAAACAAUGGAAUCACGUUGAGCGCGGUUGAUGAUUAUAUGCAACUUUUGUAUGAAAAUUAUUCUGAAAAGAUAAGAGGUGCUUCAGCGAUUUACCAAUUGACCCUUAACCAUGAGAAUCUACUUCCCCUGUCAACCAACGAGCCUCUCAAUUGUGCUCUUUCUCGAGUUUUAAGAGAAGAUGGAAGAAAAAAUCUUGAUCUAGGAAUCAUUUUGACUGGUAUAUUUGCCAAUUUUUCCGUUUAUCGUCAAUUUCACCCCAUGAUCAAACAUUUCCAACUCGGUGGUCUUUGCUUAGAAAAUAUUCAAGCAGAAUUGGAACGAGAAGAAUCAUUGUUUACUGAUCUGGCCGAUAUCCAAGCAGCGAUGAAAGCCGAAUCUCAAAGUUUGUCAAACUCAAGCUCUUUACAUUCAUCGCUAAGCUAUUCUCAUUUAUCAACCUUGUCAGCUUCAAGUGUUCCAGGAUCUCGAAUGUCUUCUGCCGUGCUAUCCAGCGAAUAUGAAAGAACCUUAAGAAAAUACCAAAGUCUAGUCAUCAAACAAAAUCUUUUUCUUCGAGCAGCAUACACAGUUUUACUGCAUCUGUCGGAGGAUCGUAAGAAAGAAAUCAAAAUGGUCAACAAAGGGAUUAUCGAAUGCUUGAUUAAGACACUUGACCGAGAAAAUUGGCUUCAAUUACUGUAUUUGGCAAUUUACUUUCUUAAACGUCUAUCUGUUUAUGGUGAAAAUAAAGAUGCCAUGAUUUCAAUGGGAAUUAUUGAUAAGAUAUCGGCAAUUUUGAAUAAUCAAGUUGCAUCAUCAUCGAUUGGUCAUCUUGUCAAUACUCUUGAAUUGGUUCACAAUCUCUCAUUCGAUACAAAUUUCAGAUCUUUAAUGGUACAACGCAAUCUAGUCUCUAAAAUUAUCUCAUUUCUUCAUAAAAUGACCAAGUCAUCACAGUCAUCCUCAAUGGUUUCAUUAUCUGAGAGUAAUCCAACGUCAACUCAUAACCUUAUCAAUGGUUCAAGUGCAAAACAAGUUAAUCCAAACUUCAUUCUUGACAAAUUAAUCUAUCAAAUAGUUUAUUUAUUUACAAUUGAAAGUAAGCACAGAGUACUGGUAACUCUUUCCCUGGGCCCGGAUCAGAUUCACUCGUUAACCAAUCGAGCAAUCAAAUGCUUGAAUGACUCUAAACUAUCUUAUCCAUCAACUGAGUUAAUGAGCUUGCUUAUUAAUCUAUCCACCAAUCGAAGAAAUGCCCAGUUAAUUUGUGAUAAAGAAAGACUCAAAUGCUUAUUAAACCACAUUGUUGCCGUCUUAUCCAACAAGAUGUCUAUAACUCAAACCGAUAUAAUGGUGCUAAAACUAGUCCGCAAUUUAUCUCAACAUGAAGAUUCUUAUAAAAUGAAUUUUCUUGAUUACAUUGAAACUCUAGUCUCUUUAUUAGUUGCUCGCCCUCCUCAAUCCAUUGAUUUAAAUACUGAAAUAUUAAUGACCCAAGGUCAUAAUCAAAAUCUGACUAAUGGAAACGAAUCAAAUUGGGAUUCAAUGGUUUCCAUUGAAAUACUUGGUAUCCUCUGUAAUAUGAUUAAUCUUCCUGGUGUUGAUUGGUUGACUCUUGCAAGCUCAAAGGGUUUAUUUAAAUGGCUGUCGACUGUUUUAUCUGCCAAUGACCAUACCUAUGAAGAUGAUUUAAUUCUUGAAUGUAUUUUGGUAAUCUCGUGUAUAGCUAAUUGUCGUGAUGCUUGCUUAUAUGCUCUCAACUGUGAUUGUCUCAAACUAUUAAUUAACCAACUUAAUGCUAAGCAAGAAGAAGAUGAAAUUGUUCUUCAAAUUAUUUUUAUUUUUCAUCUUAUGCUUCGUGAAUCUGAUGUUCGUAAGAUCAUUCUUGCUCCUGAAACUCAAGUGAUGGCCUACCUGUUUGAUUUGAUGAAUGACAAAAAUCCAGAGAUUCGUAAACUGUGUAAAUCUAGUUUAAAUGUUAUCUUUGAAUUUGAAGAUGAACUCAAGGAUAAGAUCAGGGAAGAGAGUUUUAAGAUCUACAAUAAACAAUGGCUUGAGAUGAUUCUAUCAAGACAAGAAAAUGGUAUUGGAUUUGGAAAUGAAAAGCGUCGAUUGACUAAUGGAAGUUCAAGUGGCAGCAAUAUUACCAAUAACAACAAUAUAAUCGGCGUUCCUGGAGCGAACGAUAAUGAAAUGCAGGAUGAAUAUGAAAACUAUCAUCUAAAAAAUAACGAUACUGAUGAAGAUAUUAUGGGAAUCAACUAUAAUAAUUUGUUACUCCAUACAGAUGUACUUUCCGAUUCCCCUCCUUCAUCAGGACCCAUGACUGAUGAUCAAGAGGCAUCUUCACUGUCAAUGAAUGAAUCAAUCAAUCGUUCAUCAUUAAAUUCACGACCACAAACUGGAUAUAAAAAACGAGGAACUGGACGAACAGUCAAAUCCAGUUUACGAAAUGACUCGAGAACACUUAACAAAGCUAAAAGUUCUAAUAACAUUCUGCAUUUAUAAUUUACCCUUAGAAAUUUAGUUCAAAAUAUUUAAUUGAGAGUUUCAAACUGAUUGUCAAUACAUGGUUUAAAAAUAAUAAAUCAAAAAUGUAAUUAAGGAUAAAUGUUACAAUCA